CGCGAUGCGCACAUCUCAUAUCAUUAUUUCUCCCGCACUGUGGCGCUGAAAAUUGGUUUCCAUAACUACCGCUGUUGUUGGUGGGUAAACGCAAACGAAGUAGUCAUUAACGAAGUGCGUACGCCCUCACUAUAUUAUAAUGUUCUCAAAAGAAAUUUAGUGAUUGGAAUACCAUUUUUUCAUCCUACGACUUAACAUCAAGCAUCAGCUGUUAUACAACCAGUAUCAAGAUGUCAUCAGGCGAUCAACCAAAGCCUGAAAAGGGAGACAAUCAAGAAUCUGACAGCAAAGGUUCACCAUCUUCAAAAAGUAAAACUAGUGACUUUUACAGAACACAGAAUAUUCCUAAACGCUUUGACAAUCCAAGUUGGUUCCAAGGUUACGGGCUAGGGUCCGCGCACCCCAUGUACCGCACGAGCGCGAGAGAGUAUGGAUCACGCCCGCCGAGUGUACACACAAUGCCGACAACCUUCAAUGCCAAGUCUCAGAAAUUCACCGAGCACCUAGGGAAAUGCGGCAUGUACCGGAAUCACUCGCUGAACACUGCCAUGGAUCAGAGUAAAGUUUAAUGCCAAAUCCGCUGCCUCCAGUCGUAGAGAUAACGCCCUCCCCUCUCUCCUCGUUUAACCGAGGGCGGUCAUGUAUAUUUAUUGUGUGUCCGAUGUAAGACUGAGUCUAUGAAUAUAAACUCGAGUGCGUUUACAGAUACCGAAAUUGUGCAGAUGCAGUGUUGCGAGGGUACGUGCGUGCGUUGAUGCAAUGUUUUCACGCGUGAAGUUCACUUGUGCAGCCGUAUGCUGUGCAGACAGGUUAGCUCACAUCAGUCGUUACUCGCUGCGACACGUAGAUUAGAAUAAAAAUUGGUUAAUAUUAUGUUUGCAACUUUCAUAGUAGAGUGACCUCGCUCAGACCAUUGGACUCUAGCUCCAGCUCAUGGUCAGGGUCGUGCUUGUGUAAACUAACAUGAUAGCUACUACAUAUUUUACUAGCAGUUUGUUCGUUUGGUUACAUCAUAAAGCAGACCAUGUCAAGACUGACGUUUCUCACAUUGCAACAGUGAUUGCCUCUAUGGAAAAGCAACUAUUAUUCGUCACAUGCACACAUACGCGCGUACGAUAUCGCUCCUUCAACAUGUUAUUUUCGUUCUGCUGAAGCUUGUGACUGUGUAGAAUUCUUGAUUUUUUUUUUUUUUUGCAAUGACAUUGUAUACGAUGAUUUUUUCAUUGUAGUGAUAUCCUGACGGUGAAUACCAAAUGUUAGAUCCGUCAGGUAGACUAGAUUUUCGUUUCUGCCCAUCUUGCUUACAUCUGAAGGCAUGCCUGUACAUUGCUGUAACGUGUGCAGAGCUGUAUAGUAAAUAUUACCCUGAUCCA